GGGGCUCAGGGGAGGAUGGAGGAGGAAAUACAGUGGCGGGACAGAGGGGAGCAACCUGCGUUACGGGGAUAGCUCCCACACGGGGAACGACGGGUAGUUUGAAGUUAGGGUGAUGUGCAUCUGGGGAGGCCUUUGGGAUCUUUGGUAUUGGCUGAUCUGUGUCUGUCAAAGCCAAAGUCAUAUGCUCCCUCCCUAUGCGCUGCUGUCCUGGGUGGCUUCCCCUACGGUUGAGCUGCGUGGCCAUCUCAGGGUUGGGCUGGCCUGACUGUGAACAUAUUUGGGCUGAUGUGUGGCGCUUUCUCUCCCACACCCGUCUUUGCACGGACAGGGUGGGACUCUUUCUGUCUCCACCCUCGCUGUGUCCCUGGAGUCAGGCCAGGCUCUUCCUGAGUGUGCGCCUGCCUGUACACAGCUGAGGUCCCUCGAGGUGUGCCCCCUGCAGUCAAAGCCGGGGAGCUCUUCCAUAGAAGAGUUUGGGUCUUAGUGUCUGUCCUACAGUGGGUCCUUCAUUAACACCUGCUGGGGAGGCCACUCGGACUCUGGUUCACUGGACCAGCAGGGAUGGGCCCCAGGUUUCUUAAAAACCGUGGGGCUGCAACUCCAUACAGGACUGAAUGGGGAGGGUGUGGAAAACUGGACAACAGUUAGAGGUUUUGGAGUAUAAAACAGCCAAAAAGAAACUCAAAAUCAAAAACAUAACAAGACUGGGCCUGGAGGAAUGACUCAGCGGUUAAGAUCACUGAUUGCUCUUCCAGAGGACCCAGGUUCAAUUCCCAGCACCCACAUGGCAGCUCACAACUGUCUGUAACUCCAAUUCCCGGGGAUCUGACACCUUCACACCAAUGCACAUAACACAAAGUUAAAUUAUUAAAAAAAAACAUAACAAGACUGAGAUGUCUCUGGCCUCACUUUCCUGUGCAGCACCACACAGCUUCACUGCAGCUCUGGACAUGCAGCACGCUGGUGCCCUUAUGACGACGAGCAGUGACCAGUGUCACCAAAAUCCCUCAAUGGUCGGCCUACUGUGUAUGACUGUGGUGUUCAAAUGACCUCCAGACCUCUACGGCUAACUCUGCCCUCUGACUCCAAGCAAGCUUUGUCAGAACACAAACAAAAUACCACACAAUAGUUCUGGCUUUGUCAAGAAAAUGUACAAGAGGUAAAGGACUGUGGAAUCUUCCUCUGCAGUUAAAGAAAGCUGCCGAGGCCAGGCAUGUGUCAGGGGUGUCCCUGCAUGGAGGCCUGGAAAGGCCAUUGCAUGAAGCUGUGAAGGUCAAACCUGGAUUGUCUUAGAGACCCCAAGAUUUUGAAGACCCCAGUGAUAGGAAUUCUAGCCACGCCCCCAUGAUCCGCACAUGCCCUGGGUAAGAAUACCGAUAAAACUAAUAGCCAGAGCUGUGGGAUACUGACCAAGGGAACUGCUAACACAUGUGGAACCAGUCCAAGAGAGAGAAAUGUAUUUCAGUCAACAAAGCUGGAAGGGUGGAGCCAAGUAAGCCCUUUGACAUAGACUUAGAGAUACUGGAUUUGGACUUUGCCCUGCUGAGGUUUGGUCCAGCAUUUCCUCACUGUGUCCCCUUUCCUUUUGGAGUGGUAAUGUCUAUCUUGUGCCAUGGCAUAUUGGAUUUUAUCAAGUGUCAGUUAAGGAGAAUGCCAUGAGUCUCAGAAGAGACUUUAGACUUUUAAACAGUGUUGAGAUUGUGAAAGACUAUGGUAGCUUUUGAAGCUGGACUGAAUGUAUUUGCUUUGUGAUGUAGCUACAAGCCUGUGGGGGCCAGAGAGUGGAAUGUGGGGGUUUAGAUGAGAAUAUCUGUCAUAUAUUUGAAUGCUUGGUCCCUAGUUGGCGGAACUGUUUUGGGGUGACUAGGAUGUAGAUGGGGUUUUCCUAAGCUGGCAGCCACUUCCCAAAUAACUGACUCAGAGACUUAAUAUAAAUUACAAAUGCUUGGCCAAUAGCUCAGGCUUGUUACUAACUAGCUCUUACAACUUAACCCAUUUCUAUUAAUCUACGUGCUGCCCCAAGGCUCGUGGCUUUUACCUCUAUCCCAUUUUGUGUGUCCAACUUGUUCUGCAUCUGGCUGGUGACUCCUCGGACUCCACCCUUCUUCCUCCCAGCAUUCUCUCUGUCUCGGGCUGUCUCACCCAACCCCUGUGCAGCUACUGGCCAAUCAGCUUUUUAUUAACAAUGAGAGCAAUACAUAUUUACAAUGUACAGAAGGAUUAUUCCACAUUGCUAGAAUGUGUGGCCUUGUUGGGGGAGGUGUCUCAUUGUGGGUGGGCUUUGAGGUUUCAAAAGCCCAUGCCAGGCCCAGUCUCUUUUGUUCUAUGCAUCUCAUUUAUGGAAAAGAUGUAAUCUCUCAGCUACUGCUCCAGCACCAUGCCUGCAUCCCUGCUGCCAUGUUUCCCACCAUAGUGGCCACGGGCUCACCCUUGGACACUAUAACCAAGCCUCCAGUUAAUUUUUUUCUUUUAUAAGUUGCCUUGGUCAUAGUUGUAAGGAUUCUGUGUAUGCACAGCUCGGGGGGCUUGUCUGGCGCCUUAUUAUGUCAUUAGCGGGCAACUGCGUCCCAGCCUAAAAGCUGAAUGUGCACUCCCACACUCUCUGUCUCUCUGUCUCUCUCUCUCUUUGUCUCUCUGUCUCUCUCUCUGUCUCUCUGUCUCUCUCUCUCUCUCUUUCUGUCCCUCUCUCUCCUUCUCCUAAUAAACCUCUAAAAGGUACCACUGGGUUCUGUCGUGACUGUAACCAGCACCGCCACGGUAACCGGAGCCAGGUACCAGCGCCGUAUACCCUUUCAAUAGUGACUCUUCACAGCAAUAGAACAGAAUAAUACACCUGCCAAGGCCAGAAGAUGGUGUCAGAUGCCCUGGAGCUGGAGUUACAGGCACUUGUGAGCUAACACAUGGGUGCUGGGAACCAAACUCAGGAGGAGCAGCAAGUGCUCUUAACUGAGCCAUUCCCCCCACCCACACACACACCAGUACAACUAUUCUAUGUAGCUAUACCUGGGGUUAUAUGAACAAUUCUCAGAGGAAAAGGGAUUUUGAAUACAAACAGCAGUCCUGCUUUCUCUGGCUAAGCCUGUGGUACCUCGUCAUGGUUCCCGCAACACACAAACAAGGGAGUGGAUGGACUUUGUUUCCUGCCUGGGACCCCCAAGAUGGAGACUGUCCCUCCGUUCACCCCCAGAAUGCCCAGGGCCUGCAAUGGUUCCAGUCCCUCCAUCUUUGAUAUGUAUUAGCCAGGGUUCUCCAGGGCAUCAUAAGGGACAGAAUGAACAUAUGUAACAAAGGGCACUUACUAAAUUGUCUUGCAGGAUACGGGAUGGACAGUGCAGCAAUGGCUGUCUGAGUUCUGCAGAGGCUGAGUGCCUUACAACUGUCUCAUCCGCAAGGCUGGAUGCCUUACCAGUCCCGAUCUGGCACGGAAGGCCUGGAGGGGUCCUGGAGAAUCACUAGUCUUCAGUCCACCUUGCAAAGCUGAAGAGGCUGGGUUCUGAUGUCAGGUGGCGGUGGAGGCAACCACAGAGUAGACGCACUCACCAGCAAGAGGCAAAGGCCAGCAGGGAGUACUCCCUUCCGUAUAGACCUUACCAUCACUGGGCAGACUGGAAGUACUGCCGCUCUACGGUCUUGUCUCCCCGCCCCAACGCCAGCUAGUGUUUCCUGGAGAUGCUUUCACAGACCGGCCAGGCUGAUCUCUUACAUGGCCCCAGAUUCAACCAAACUGACAGUCGAGGUUAGCCAGCACAUCUGUCAGAGGUUGGGGGUCACCCUGGGUCUGGCCCCUUGGUUGUGACCUUUGAACUGGCAUUGCCUCCAAGGCUCCUGUCUUCGUUAGGGUGUCUCUUGCUGUGAAGAGACACCAUGGCCACAGCAGCUCUUAUAAAGGAAAACUUUUAAUCGGGGUGGCUUGCUUACAGUUUCUGAAGUUCAGUCCAUUGUCAUCAUGGCAGGAGCAUGGCCCCAUGCAGGCAGACAUGGUGCGGGCUACCUCUUGAUCAGAAGGCAACAGGAAGUAGACUGACACUGAGCGAAGCUUAAGCAAAAGAGACCUCAAAGCCCGCCCCCACCGUGACACACUUCCUUCAACAAGGCCACACCUCCCAAUGGUGCCACUCCCUGUGAGCUUAUGGGGGCCAGUUACAUUCAAAGUACCACAGCUCCUUUGGGUCCUGCCCCUCCCACCCCCCGCCUCUGGCAGUGAAGGUGGAGGUAAAGGCUCUGUAGCCAUGGAACGGGGGCCAAGGUCCUCUGUGCCAUUAGCUCCCCACACGUCCAGGCUGGAGAUGGGAGCUGUGUUGGCAGUACCCUCUGUCAGAGCCAUAAUUUCACUGUGAGGAUGCAUGGUGUCAUAUUGGAAGGUACUUCUUACAUAACUUGGGGACAGAGUCUACUCGUGUGGCAGUACUUUGAGGUGUGAGGACCUGAGAGUCAGCUGCCAGAGGAGGAAGUAGAGACCGCCCUCUCUGAGGGUGAACAGUUUGGAAGCUCCAGAAAGCAAAGACUCAUCUAUUGGGUCACCUGUCAUCAGAUUAACAGGCUCUGUGGCCACAGAACGACUGCUUGAGCAUCAGACAUUAAAAACAGGCCCAACCAUAGCUAAGAAGAAGAGAUGAGGUCUCUUUUAAGGAAAACGAGAAAGAAUCCAUGUCCAGAAAUCCCUGUGGAUCCCACAGACCCACCCAUGGGAGGGGGUACAGCUUCCUGUGAGAUCUGAAUCCGGGCUUGACUCUGGAGUCCAGUGCAGAUGGGUCAUCUCAGCACUCAGGAGGCUGGGUUUGAGGCUAGCCUGGGCCAUAGAGUGAGACCCUGUCACCCCUUGUCCUCCACUCCAAAAGAAAGACAUGUAUGGUGGGCCCCUGAGCUGUGCACCCCAGACCUGGCUCCCAGACUGGAUGGAAUGGGGGCCUCAGAAUCCACGGUGGGCAUUCUCCUGUUGCUGUGGCAACCACAGACGCACUUGGGUGUUGAGGGAGUGAGUUUAAAGGGUUAGGAGGGAUCGAGCACAUGGGGGAACUUGGCGAACACCGUGCCAGUUUGCUUAACAACCCUGCCCCGGAGGUCAAGACUUCGGGUGGGUCAGAGCACGGGCAGAGCAAUGGCGGUCUGGGCAAUGGCAAUUUGGGCCACCAGAGUGCGUCCUUUGAGAGCCCCUGGCUCCAGGGUUCCCAGGCCACCGAAGGGGUAGACGCAGAAGACCCAGAGGAAGAGAUUCCCCCGGAGGAGGUGGCUGGGGAAGAGCUCCCCGAGGCCCCCAAUCUGGAUGACAGUCUUGGACGAGAGUUGGAGGUGGAAGUGGUUGAAAUGAGCCAGCUGUCCAUCACCGAGCGGACUCCCAGCGUCUCCGUAGCCAAGAGCAAGAAAAAGAAGGGCCGGAGGCUGCUGGAGCUGGCAAAGCCCAAGACCAACUGGCAAUGCCUGAGAGACAGGAAGGGGUGCUGUUGUAAGGGCUAUGCCUGGAUGUCCCCACGCAAGAACAACUUGCAGUUCUGCCUGUAUUGGCCUUCUGUAUACUGGACCGAGCGAUUUAUUGAGGACACCACCUUGACCAUCACGGUCCCUGCGGUGUCCCACCGAGUGGAGGAGUUGUCGCGGCCCAAGAGGUUCUACCUGGAAUAUUACAACAACAACAGGACAACACCCAUCUGGCCUAUCCCUCGGUCCACUUUGGAGUAUCAACCGUCUAAUCGACUGAAGCAACUGGCUAUUCCGAAGGUUCGCAACAACAUCUGGAGCAUUAAUAUGUCUGAGAUUUCCCAGGUGUCCAGAGCAGCCCAGAUGGCAGUCCCCACCCCACGGACUCUUCACCUGGCCAAGCCCAGGCCCCCGGCCACCCUGUUGGAAGAGUGGGACCCUAUGCCGAAGCCCAAGGCUCAUGUGUCAGACUACAACCGCCUCCUUCAGCUGGCAACGCCCAAGGCCAUGUCAGAAAAGUGUGUUCCUGACCGCAGUCCUCAGUGGGAGGUCCUGGAAGCCGCCAAGAGAGCAGUGGCCAGUUCACGGAUCAUCUCUCUGGCCCAGCCCAGAAUACGCAAGGACCUCAAUGAGGGCUACAACCCGUACUACAUCUCCCCGGCCUCUCUGGUGGCUCAGGCAUCUCCUCGCAUUUAUGAGCUUGCCACCCCUAAAUACAUCACCAAGAAAGUGUGACCGCCAGGCCUGAUCUCCAGCCCGCCCCCAGUAAACACCCAAGUGCAUCCUUGCCUGUGUGCAUGAUUCACUAAGCUCCGUGGCCUGGGUCGGGGGCGGGCAGGGACGCCAAAGGCCAGAACAAUAAUAACGUUAUUUUUGCAUUCUA